CGAACGAAUUGGACAAAUUGAAGGCCGGCGGUAACGCACCGAUUUGCACCACAAAGCAGUGCUUCGACUCUGCUUAUGGUUACCUGAACAACAUGGAUCAGAGCAAGAAACCCUGCGAUAAUUUCUUCGAGUACGCAUGCGGCGGUUGGAUCGAGCGCCACAAGGUUUUAGAGAACCGCUCGAGCUUCUCUAUGUUCUCGAUAGUCGGUGACGAUCUGCUGGACAAGCUUAAAGUUCUCUUUGAACGAAGCCCUGCUGCUGGUGAGCCUGGUUCAUAUGACACUUUAAGGAAGGACUACAAGUCAUGCGGGGACAUGGACACCAUCAACGAACUUGGGACCAAACCUUUGACUGACCUGCUCACGUCGCUCGGUGGUUGGCCUGUCCUCGGGGACAACUCAACGGGCGGGAACUGGGACCCGGCCGCCUUCGAUUUCGAGAAGCUGUGGGCCGACAUCAGGGGCAAAUACAACAUUGAGUUGCUUGUUACCACAGGAACGUAUGGAGAUCCUGACAUCAAAGACAAGUACAAACUGAAUGCGGAUACCCCUGAUUUUAGGGUACUAAAGGGCGACACCAAGAGGAAACGCAGGCGAGGAACUAAGACUUUGACUGACGAAGACAAUGAGGCCGAAGAUGAUGGAGUGAAGAUUCUUGUGCUGGAGAGGUAUUCCCAGAAGAGACAAGCCUAUCUACAAUACAUGAUCGACAUUGCUGUAGCGCUUGGAGCGAACGAGACGGUUGCUACUCAGGACAUGACCGACGUCAUCGAUUUCGAAACAAAUAUAGCAACGAUGACUCUUCAAUAUACAGACGAUGUAGGAGCGACAACGUCUCUCAAGGAUAUUGGACAAAAUAUGAUUGACUGGGUCCGUUUAUACCAACUCAUGUUACCGGAAAGCGUGGGCGGUGUCACCGGUGACGAACCCAUCGACAAUUAUAGGCCCAACUACGUCGCCGCCGUCACACCGUGGCUCACGGAGCAAGACGACAGAGUGAAGGCCAACUACAUGAUAUGGCGACUGGUCACCCAUAUGGUGCCCUUCAUGAACGAGGCUUUCCUGGCAAUCCGGCGGAAAUUCAUAAUGGCUCAGUCGGGCGUUACGCCCUCCUCAGCCCGCUGGAAGACGUGCGUCUCCACUGCCAAUAGCCAGUACGAAUUCAUCGCCGGGAAGAUGUACGUGGACGACUACUUCCCCGCAGAUGCAAAGCAGAAGACACUGGACAUGAUUAAAGGUCUGCAGGCGGCUUUCAAGUCCAUGCUGGCCACAAAUGACUGGCUCCAGAAAGAAGAUAAGAGCGUGGCUGCAGGCAAGGUAGAUGCAAUUACAAUCGAAAUCGGCUACCCGGAGUGGAUAAAGGACAACGCGAAGCUUGAUGCUGAGUACGCCAAUCUGACGUCUAAGGAAAACGAGUAUUUUCAGAACAGCAUAAGGUACCGCACCUGGACUUCUCAACGGAAUUUGGCACUCUUGCGUCAGACAGUGGAUGUUGUGAACUUACUGUGGUCUGUGAUGUCGCCGACCGAAGUCAAUGCGUUCUACUCUCCUCUCAGGAAUUCAAUUUUAUUCCCAGCAGCCAUUCUACAGCCUCCUUUCUACACCAAGGAGCUCCCCUGGUAUUCCAAUUACGGUGGUAUAGGCGUGGUCAUUGGGCACGAGAUAACGCAUGGUUUCGAUAACAGCGGAAGACUGUUUGACAAAGAUGGAUAUUACAGACAGUGGUGGAGUCAGCAAUCCAUUAACAAUUUCAAGGCGAAAGCUCAGUGCAUCAUCAACCAGUACUCCGACUUCGUCAUGCCUGAGAACAACAAAAAUCUUGACGGAGUUAAGACAGAAGGAGAAAACAUCGCUGACAAUGGAGGCUUAAGAGAAGCUUAUAAGGCUUAUAUCGAUCACAAGUCUGAGCACCCUCGCCUUCCAGGCAUCGAAUUAACUAACAAGCAAAUGUUCUUCCUGUCAUUUUCCCAGUUAUGGUGCAGUGUUUACACGCCGGCGGGAGCGGAUAAUGCAAUCGAAAACGAGCACAGCCCCGGCCGAUACAGGGUCAUCGGCCCGCUGCAAAACAACGAAAUAUUCCACGCCGCAUUCAACUGCCCUGCUGGAAGCUACAUGAACCCAGACGUCAAAUGCCGGGUCUGGUAAAAACGUCGUCCCAGGAAUUUAUGACUUUAUAAAUCUGUAGUUCUUUGCAUAUAAGACUUACCAUAAAGUUAAGUUGUAUCAAUUACACUACAUCGGCAAUGUUCAAAUGACAGCGAGGAAAUUUUUCGCUCAUGAAUGUGCACGAGGGCAAAUGACCGUCGCAGAAUGCGGUGGAUGGAGGAAGCGCGCCACAGCUGCAGACACAAAACGGUGGGUCGUUUGUUUACUGCACUACAUUCAUUGCGCUCGUACGUGUCAAAGGCACAUUGCAAUUCACAUGAACUCCGUCUAUCCGUCUAUCCAAUCAGAGUUCAAAAAACUUAUGUCAUACUUCAUAAAAUAGCUGCCCUUUCCAGGGGCAUGUAAAGACGCUUGCGACAGGGACGAGUAAAGUAAAAUAACAGACAUUGGAAUAGUUCAUAGUUCAUUAUCUAACAAAAAACAAACAAAUAUUCACCUUGCUCUGUAGGCAUAUAAAUUGUAGCAAUAUUGCAACAUUCAUUUACUCAUUCGUUCGCCUUCUGCUCAAACAUUCUGCUAUUUUAUUCCAGAAAUUAAUGUUUGCUCACUUAAUGCAGAACGCCUUCGUCGUAGUUAUGACUUGAUCUUCUUGAAGUCAGUCAUUCAAGUUGUGAUUGUGCUGAAAAAUAUAAUUAGGGUUUGUAAAGGACAGAAUAAUUUUUUCUACAUUUUGCUAAGACUUUGUCACUUAAAUGUUAAGUUGCUUUUCAAAAUACGAUCAAAAUAAAG